AUGUCACCUGAGUUCGAGAUAACGAAUAUAGGGCUCAUGUCAUACUACUUGGGCCUAGAAGUGAAGCAGAUGGAGGAUGGAAUUUUUAUCUCUCAAGAAAGCUAUACAAAAGAGAUGUUGAAGAAGUUCAACAUGCUCGAUUGCAACCCCGUGAACACACCGGUGGAGAGUGAGACAAAAUUGUCCAAGUUUGAUGAAGGAGAAAAAGUGGAUCCAACAUUCUUCAAAAGCCUUGUGGGAAGUUCUAGGUACUUGACUUGUAUUAGGCCAGAUAUACUCUUUGCAGUUGGAGUACUAAGUCGCUUCAUGGAAGCUCCUACCUCCACUCACUUGAAGUUCAAAGAAACAAUCAAUUGUUACUCUCUCGACCUGGGAAGCCGAAUACGUAGUAGCAAUGUUACGUACCCGUCAUGCUAUAUGGAUGAGAAGAUUAUUGAAGGAGCUAAAUUUGAUACAAAUUGA